ACCUAACAAAGUAACGAGUUUGUAUGGAAUCUCCGCCAGAUUCUCUGCCCCAAAUAAGAGAAACCACGUCUGUGGAUCCGUCGACGUCAAGUAACAAACCAAAUAAUACAAAUAAUAGCAAAUCAAGGCCAAGUCCUAUUAACACAAAUGUACCAAUUUCACUAACUUCAACGGCAACAUCAUUUUCAUCAUCGACAACACGAACCACGACAACAACCGUUUGUGCUGCUCAGACAUUGCAUACUCCGACGACACCACGCAUUGACAUUAGUAGAGCAUCUAGUUCGUCGCAUCACGAUAGUCGGGAGAGUAGUCCGGAAAAUGUCUUUGAUCAGGUUGGAACGGGGACACUAAUUGAGAGUGGAUUUAAAGAAGAAGGCGCCAUGGAUUUACGAAGCUCAACGGAGGAAUUGUAUUUUAUGGAACCGGACAAGGAAAAAACAGAAGAAUGCGAAAAACCACAUCCAGCACAAUGUCGUUCUCCGGUGAUUUUCAAAUUCGACGACCCUCAAUUGUUGCUACAGCAACAUCAACGCAAAGACUCUGCGAGUUCCGAAGUUGCGGGAUUUCUCUGCAUAUCAGGACGCUCAAGUCGAAUAUCCAGUGUCGGAAGUCAAGGAUCUGGCGUGAGUCGAUUAUCGGCAAUAUCUGGUGUCUCACGGUCACCAUCGCCACAUAAAAUGCUCGUCGAGACAUCUUUUUGCGGUCCAAAGCCCCUGCAAGAUGGUGUCGAGCAGUCGACAGAACCGAAUGUCGAAGCCUUGGAGCAAAUUGUCAUGGCACGUAAACACGAUCCAACCCAAGUGAUUUUAGCGGAAGGUGUGCGAGUCGAUUCGUCCACUCCAAAGCGGAAAAUCGUUCCUCCCAUGGACGAAAAAGCGGAAAAGAAAGCCGACGUAAUACAUAAAGCACCGGAAGUGAGAAUUACCAGACCAUCAGUUUCGCCGAGUGGUGGUGGUGUAAUUGCGCGAGGCGUUGCCGCAGGAAUUGCCGCUCAGAAAUUGAACGCUAAGAAAGAGCAACCGUCAAAAGUCGUUGUUGGCGUUAUGCCAAGUGGAACGGAGUACGUUCGAAUCAACUUGAAACCGGAUGUUUUGUAUCCGGACAAAGGAGUUGCACCUGGCGAAAAAGUUGUCGAUGUCGCAGAAUUGCAAAAGAAACCAGGAACACUGAAUCUCACAAGAGAAAGUCGAAAAUCAGCACAAGAACAGCGGAUACAAAGUGUAAGUCCAAAACCAGCUCGUCAUCAAGCACUGGCAAAAGACUCAGGCAGUCGAUCUCCGUCGCCAGCUCUUAAUAUCUCGCGCAAAAGUUCAUUUUGUUCGCUCUUCAAGUCAAACAAAGACACCACUGCGAGUCCAGAUUCGCCUACGGUUCGUGAUCGAUCGCGUUCACGCAGCAAAGGUCGAGAUUCGAUGACAAAUGACUCAAUUUCGGGAACGCCGAGCAAACAAAAGUCAGUAUUAGCAAUCUUCAAGCCUAAAAGAAGUGGCAGCAAAUCAAAAUGUUCGUCGCCAAUUGACCCAGAGCUCUCGAGCGGUGGCGAUGUACAAGAACACAUUCACAAGCCAAAACCGACUUACAAGCCACCUGGAAAGGAACAUUUGAAAUACUACGAAAGCGGCGACGAAAUUGUGAUUCCAUUGCACACGCCACCCGAUGAGAAAGAUUUGCCAGCGGGAAAACGGACGACAACUGCUCGCAUUGAAUCGACUCCGAGAAUGACUGUUCCUCCCCCGCCACCGCCUCCAAUGCCGCCAAAAGUAAGUCCGGUGUCGUCAAAUCACUCGACUCCUGUCAAAGGUGGCAUUCAGGUACUGCCAUUAGGACCGCCGCUUGGUCCCAUUAUCCUUAAGCGAGUGGACGAUGAGAAGGAGGAAAAAGUCGAGAAACCGAAGGAAAAGCCAAAAGAAGAAACAAGAAUGAAAAUUCCGGAUGGUGUGCAAGUUUUGCCCCUUGGGCCUCCGUUAGGUCCAAUUUUCUUGAGAAAAACGCCGGAAAAGCCCGCUGAACAGCCAAAGCCUAAGCCGAAACCCCUAAUGAAACUGAAGCACGUUGAGCAGCCGGAUGGAAGCAUCAUUAUUCCCCUCAAGUCGCCUUCCGAUACGGAAAAGGAAGAGAAAAUCGUCGAUGAUAAGAAUUGGAGCAUCGAAGUGCAGCGACACAGUUCCCAAAGCAGCCAAGAAACCGUUAUAUCCUCAACUCAUCUUCACUCUGGUGAUGAAAAUUCUGCCUUACCCAAUAAUUUUAGUACGAAUUCGUCGCGAAACAACAGCAAUGCAUCGCAAGCCAACGGUGCAUUACCGUCGUCGCAAAACCAUCAACAGCAAGAAAAUAGCAAUAAAUCCCUGUCCCCAGUACCUACGCCCGGAGCUCCUCCGCCAACACCAGCUGUUCCUUCGCAGCAGCAGCAACAGCAAUCGUCACGCGAGAAAAAGCACAUUCUCUUCUCGAUGAAACUCGGUUCGGGCAGCGAAGAUGGCGUUUUCGCCACGCAAUUUAGCCUUUCCAAGACUGAGAGCUUAUGCAGCCAACUAUCCGAACAAACUUCCGUUUUUAACAGCCCAACUGAGAAAGAUCCACCCAGUCAGCCGUCUUUUCAACGCUCCGACACAGUCGUGAAACGCGAAGACUCCUCAGCUUCAUCAUCGUCGGUCGUAAUGCGUCGCAAAGAUUCCAGCAAUGACAGUAAACGAAAAUCACAUCGUGAGAUACCAGUGGUGGAUGAUCCAGAGCUACCACCUCAGGCAGAACCAGUUGAACGAUCUGACUCGAUCAGCAAGAAAAAAGGUGAGGAUCCCAAUAGUCGACUCUCACGUUACGUAGACCCCAAUGAAAUUAUCGAAGCUCAAAAGAAACUCGAAACGUUGCGUGCUAAGAAACGCGAAGCAAAACGUUUGGAGGAAGAAGAACAAGAAAAUAAACAAAAAGAACUGGAACAGCAAAAACAAGUAACUGUCGAAAUGGAAGUGCAUCAGGAACCGAAAGAGCCCGAAGAACUAAUUGCUCAACAACAGUCCUUGGACAUUCCGAAGCCGUCAUCGCGUGAAAAGUCACUUGGUAGCUCGGCAGAAGAUAUUGUCUCGGAGUCGGAAAAGGAAUCUGAAGCACCUUCCACGUCUGCCGUGUCAACACAACGUAUUUCGGCACGCGUUGCUCGAGGCGCUCUGGAAGAAGAAAGUGCUGGUCUCGUGUUCCAGGAAUCGUUCGACGAUGAAUUGCCUUAUGUUCCAACAACACUGCCAGAAGAACGAGGACAAGGCGUCACGUUGAUCCCCAUGAAAGAACGUGCACAAAUCGAGGUCGUCACGCAUCCCGUUGAACGUCCGCGCUCUCGCACACCCAUGAAUCCCAGUCGCAUGGAUAACUACAGUGCCACAUCGGCAGCCGACAGCAGUGAUAGCAGCAAAAGUGGCGAAAAACUGAAAAUUAGCUUGCCAAAGCGAACUGAUUCCGGCAAAGAUCGCAGUCGUCAAAGAUCACCGAGACGCAUCUCGAAUGGGUCGGGCAAUAAAACGUGGUUCGAUUUUGGCGAGGCAGGUGGCGAGCAAUCGGAUGACAAAAAAGGAUCGGCCACAGAUGAGGAGCCACCUCCGCCACCAUUGCCACCGAGAAAACCGUCGCAGCAAUGGAUCGACUUUGACAACAUACCUGAGAAACGGAAACCCCCCAAGAGAAUCACGACAGUUCCGACAAAAGAAUCGUCGUUAGAUAAAGGACACGUUGUUCAGUAUAACUACGUAAAUCCCGAGGAGUGUCAAUGUGAGUGUCAUCAUGAGCACGGCCAAACACCAUCGUCAGAAACUAAACAACAAACUCCCGGAGAAGAAGCACAACCUUUGUUAGAAGAAAGACAUCGUUCAAGCAGUGCUUGCUCAAGUGAUCCAACAGUUGUUCAACGUCGAUCUCAUUCGCGUUCCCGGACACGUCGUGAUGACAGUUCUGCCGAAAGAAAAACAUCUCACAGAAAUAGUAGCAGUAGUAAUCGUUCAAGUUUGCUAUCUCAGGACUCAUCUCCGAAUGAAGGCCCGUAA